GGUAAAACCACAAUACUCAUUAUGAUAGCAUGAAUAUCAUAUUUGUUUUUUAACAGAAUACCAUAUCUAUUUGCAAUUAUCCCAAGAUCAACUAAAAUUGCCCAUCCGAUAAAAUUAGUAUAUUAAUGGAAGUAAAAAAGGACAUAUUUAUCAUUACUUUAAUCUUCCUAAUAGUUGACAUCAUAAGGAUCUUACUAGCUUCUAAAUGA